AAUAUUAGUUAUUUUUUUUAAUUAUUAAGAAAUUUAAAAUUAUAUACAAAUAAGAUUACGUCACAUAACUUUUUCACCAAUCCUAUUCAAGUACUAAGUAAAGUGCAAAGUUUAUAUCAGCCACUCCACUGACUAAUUGUUUGAGAAUUAAGAAAAUUCACAAUGACUUUUCAGGAACAGCCAAAUUAUGUAACCAUUUCCGAAGGUGUCUCAUUUAUUAAAACGCUAAGCGAUAACCAUAAUAUAAGAGCAACUGUGAAUGGUUCUGUUGCGGGAGGCAUCAUUGUUGGGAGCAUUGCUGCUGCAUCAUCUCUCAUAUUAGGACCCGUCGGUUUAUUACUUGGUGGAAUAUUCGGCGGUUUAAUAGGUUAUUCAAUAGCCAAAGAUAAAUACAAACCGUUAUCCAGUGUAAUUGAAGAGAUGACUCCUCAGCAGAAAGAAAAACUUAGGAAUCAUUUGAUCGUUCUCAUGCACAGUGUUGACGUCAGAGAUUUAAUAACUCUAGCUGCUCUCAUUGCUUCGAAUACUUCGAUUAAAGGAAAAAUAUUAGCCGGCAUUAUCAAUUUUAUAGUGCAAGAAUUUGGUGUUCAACUUCAAAAUUAAAUCUUUUUUUUAAUAUAAAAUGCGUUAAAUAUUAAAUAUUUCGUAUAAGCUAUCAUUGU